AUGAGCAACACAACUGGUCCCGAGGAGGAGUUGAACAACUACAACUCCCAGUGGGUCUCCUUCCACAUUCGGGACCAUCUUAAGGAUGGAGAAAUCACCGUCCAGAACACUGUCAUCGAAGGUGGCGAAUUCCACAGCCCGACAGACCGUCGUAAGUCUCUCCACGAGGAUGAGAUCGACUACAUGACCAUCGAGUCCGAUGGCAUCGGCGAGAUCUGUGCUCGCGGCCGUCGUGGUAGCGAGGGUCGUCUGGACCUAUUCCAUGGCGAUACCAAGAUUUGCGAGCUCCACUGGGAGAAUCGUGGAGGGGAGUUCCACAAUCUGGUCGAGGUGUUGGAUGAUAAUUCCAAGUAUAGAAUCGAACAUGGGGGAUGGAGUCCACAGGCUGGUCCUCUGGGCCAUGUCUUCGUGGACAUUUCGGAGAAGAAGAAGAAGUAA